AUGAGUGGAACUCAUGCGGAGCCACCUGAUAUGGAUUUUAUGAAACAAAUAAAAAUUACAUUUGACGGUAUUCCAAAUGCAGCAACAUCGCCCUAUGGAAAGAUACCAAACGGCUAUCAAGGUUUGAAUUGGGAAAAUGCUUGGUAUAUGCAUGAAUCACACGCAAAAAACAAUAGUGUUUUCAAAAAUAGUGGUGCGAGUGCAGCAUUCACACGUGGAAAAUAUGUUGGAGGGAAUAAUAGUGGUAAACCAAUGUACAUCUCAUCAUCACGUCUCGAUAAACCAUUCAAUGUGCAUUCAUUUGAAGCAAAUUCUCAGUGA